AUGUACCAGGUUGGUCUGGUAUUCCGUACAGGUAUUGCUGCACACCCACGCCCGCAUUCACACAGAGUACGGAGUACAGGCACUGGCUACCUGGCAACUGAGACAUGCCCGCAGACUGGACUGGAUGCAGCUCUCAAACCCCAAACCGCGCGCAUCCAAGACCCUACAGUAGGACAUGCAUACACGCUCGCUCCUACAGUGUCCGCGCCCGGCAUUCAUCAUACUGUACAAGGACAGUGCGGCGCCGUCCGAGUCCACGCUGGACCGGCUGGUUUUGCCAUUGAGCCCGUCUCUGCCCCUGCAUGGCUGGCCGAGGACUGUGCAAACAUCCAUGGAUCUCUCAUGUCCCAGCAACUCAGCGCCCCAUCGCCAACUGGAGCCUCUCAUCCACAGCGUGCCAGAAUCAGCGCCGCCAGCGUGGAUGCUCUGCGCUGGCUGGUACCAGCAAAUUGCGUGGCUGACUGCGUGGAGGACAAGUCACCUGCUGCGUGUCGACGUCUUGCACUGUGGACUCACGGCUUCACUCCAAGAAAUUAA